AUGUCUUCACAAUACGAAAACGUUUACUUUAACCAAUCCAGAGUUCCUGGUCUGGUUAGAUUAAAUAACCAAGGUUUAGGUUGGAAAGCCAAUGAAGUAAAAAGCCGUGGUGGAAGUAUUAAAGUCCCUGAGACUUUCCUUCUCCCCGCAGAGGAAAUUCAUGCUGCUUAUUGGAGUCGAGCAGCUCGAGGAUACGAAAUCCGUGUGCAAACGAAAAACAAGGGUGCUAUCCAACUAGAUGGUUUUGAUGUUGACGAUUUCUCUGGCUUGAAAUCUGAUCUUAGCAAGCUCUACAAUGUUCCUCUUGAGAAUAGAGACCACUCUCUUAAGGGCUGGAAUUGGGGCAAGGGCGAUUUUGGCCGUAACGAAAUGUCGUUCGAGGUCGGUGGCAAACCCGCAUUUGAAAUCGCUUACGCAGAUGUCGCAAACUCCAACUUUGUCGGGAAAAAUGAUGAAGUUGCAGUCGAAUUCAAUCUCCAAACUGGUAAUGAACGCGUCAAGGCUGGCGAUGAACUUGUUGAAAUCCGCUUUUAUGUCCCAGGCCGCGUAUCUACCAAAAAUGAAGAUGGCGAAGAUAAUGAGGACGAAAUUAAGGAAAUUGAAGGCGAACAGAGUGCUGCCAGUGCCUUUUAUGAGGCUCUCAAAGAGAAGGCUGAUCUCGGCGAUGUUGUUGGUGAAGCCAUUGUUUCUCUUACUGAGAUUUUAUUCUUAACACCCAGAGGUCGUUACGACAUUGACAUGUACCCAACAUCAUUUAGACUUCGUGGUAAAACUUACGAUUACAAGAUUCAGUACCAAAAUAUUCAGCGCCUGUUUCUUUUGCCCAAGCCUGAUGAGAUCCACAACAUGCUCAUUUUGCAGCUUGACCCCCCACUUCGCCAGGGUCAAACAAGAUACCCGUUUUUGGUCACACAGUUUGACCGUAACGACACACUCACUGUCGAGCCUAAUAUCGAAGAUGCAGAAUACGAAGCAAAGUACAAGGAUAAGAUUAAAAAGCGCUACGAUGAAGCUACUGACGAAGCCGUCGCCCAUCUGUUCCAUGGCCUGACGGGCCGCAAGAUGAUUGUCCCUGGGCCUUCCUUCUCAAGCCAGCAACCAGGCAUUUCCUGCUCUCUCAAGGCCAGUGAGGGUUACUUGUACCCUCUGGAAAACUGCUUCCUUUUCGUCCCUAAGCCUACUGUCUAUAUUCCUCUCACCGAGGUUUCCAGCGUGACCUUUUCGCGUAUUAGCAAGACUUCUUCUUCGCGUACCUUUGACAUGACGGUGCAUCUGGGCCCUGGCGGCGGCGAGCACCAGUUCUCAAAUAUUAGCCGUGAAGAACAAGACGAGCUUUCUGCCUACAUCAAGGCCAAGCGUAUCCACAUUGAAAUGGACAUGGGUGACCAACCCAUCAUGACCAGUAUGGUUGUGGACUCGGAUUCCGAUGGCGACCUCGACAUGAUUGGAAGAGGCUCUGCUGACGAGGAUGAGGAAAGUGUAGAUGAAGAUUUCAGAGCGGAAUCCGAAAGUGAUGUUGCAGAGGAGUUUGAUUCUAACCAUGAAAGCAGUGAUUCGGAUGAUGAAGAUGGUGGUGCUAGCGAUUCGGAAGAUGAAAAGCCGGCAAAGAAGAAGACAAAGAGUAAAUAA